UCAUUCCCACUGUCUCUCAGUCGCGGUGCUAACCAUCGCCGAUCCCUGCCUGCCUGCCUGCAUUGCGUUGGGCGGGAUUGGAGGAGGCGGACGUGCUGGUAUUGGUGAAAACGACGAUUCAGCGCAUAUCUGUGAGGCAUUGCAUCUGGUCUUCGGUGGAGAGUAUUUGCGUAUUCAGUUCUUGAUCACUGGAAGAACGCCACUGUGGCAUUGUGUGGAGCGUUGGCGGAUGAAGUAUUCCGCGGAGGUGAUUAGAGUUGCAGGAGGUCAUUGGUCGUGAGACGUGUGGAGGCUUCAGGUACCGUGAGUUUGUGUGUAGCGACAGCACCAGCGCAGAGGAUCCGUGCAUGACGAGGUUGUAUUGAAGUGAUAUUCGAAAUGGUGUCCUCGGGUGGUGGACUACAGCAGGGUUCUCUUGAAGAAAACAUUGACGUUGAGCACCUCGCUAGCAUGCCCCUCCUUGGUGACUUUGUCAAUGUUAUAAUUGGAUCUGUAAGAUCAUGGAGCUUUUCAGGCGUUCAAGGGCUCAAGCGUCUGACAAGUAGGAAGCGAGUUUCGGAUAGCUUCUCUGUGCAGUGCAUGUCAACGGAAGUUCAGAAAAACUCCAAUUCCCAGGAAGCCACGGUUGUUCUUGCAGAAUCAGUUGUGAAGCCAGUUAGGCGGAGGUCGGUGAAAGAAAGGAAGUCGAAAUCCUAUCUCCUGACGGAAGUAUCUGCGCACACUAGGCCUAACGACUGCUGGAUUGUGAUUAAGAACAAGGUGUAUGAUGUGAGUGACUUCGCUGCUCAACACCCGGGAGGAUCCGUUAUUACUACAUAUUUUGGUCGAGAUGGUACGGAUGCUUUUUCUAGUUUUCACGCUGGCACUACGUGGAAGAUCCUCCAAGAAUUUUACAUCGGUGACGUAGACAAUGUGGAGCCGACCCCCGAGCUUCUGAAGGAUUACAGGGACUUAAGGGCUCUCUUCUUAAGGGAACAACUCUUCAGAAGCUCGAAACUGUACUAUGUCUUCAAAACGCUGACGAAUAUUUCUAUUUUUUCUGCAAGCAUUGCAAUAAUCUACUGUUCAAAGUCUUACUGGGCGGUCUUGUCUUCAGCUUGUAUGAUGGCUUUGUGUUUCCAACAGUGUGGAUGGCUAUCACAUGAUUUUCUCCACAAUCAGGUAUUUGAGACGCGGUGGCUUAAUGAAGUUGUUGGAUAUUUAAUCGGCAAUUCUGUUCUAGGAUUUAGUACAGGCUGGUGGAAGGAGAAGCAUAAUCUCCAUCAUGCUGCUCCGAACGAGUGUGACCAAUUGUACCAACCUAUUGAUGAAGACAUCGACACUCUACCCCUCAUUGCCUGGAGCAAGGAUAUCCUUGCGACUGUUGAAAACAAGACCUUCUUGCGAGUCCUCCAGUACCAGCAUUUAUUCUUUACGGCUCUUCUGUUCUUCGCUCGAGGUAGUUGGCUAUUUUGGAGUUGGAGAUAUACUUCUACUGCUAAGCUUGCCCCCGCCGUGUGGCUGUUGGAGAAAGGAACGAUUCUGUUUCACUAUUUUUGGUUCAUCGGGGUUGGUUGGUAUCUUCUCCCUGGUUGGAAGCCACUUGUAUGGAUGGUGGUGACCGAGCUUAUGUGUGGUAUGCUGCUUGGAUUUGUAUUCGUACUGAGUCACAACGGGAUGGAAGUCUAUAACAAGUCUAAAGAGUUUGUAAAUGCCCAGAUUGUAACUACCCGGGAUAUUAAAGCAAACUUGUUCAACGAUUGGUUUACGGGUGGUCUCAACAGACAGAUUGAGCAUCAUCUGUUUCCAACAAUGCCCAGACACAAUCUGAACAAAAUCGCGCCCCAGGUGGAGGCCUUGUGUAUAAAGCAUGGUCUGGUCUACGAAGAUGUGACCAUCGCUGCCGGCACUUGCAAGGUUCUGAAAGCACUGAAGGAAGUUGCGGAGGCUGCUGAACAUCAAUACGCUGCUGCCAGCCAGCAGACUUGAGAAGCCUGGCGCUUAAAUUUUGUCCUGUUCGGUAGUUCCUUUUCAUGUGUUUUUGAGCAGAAAUGCUCUGACAUCCAUUCUUCUGUAGCUUUAUCAAAUUUCAAUUGAAAGAUGGCUGCGCCCAAACACUGGUCUUCAGUAGUACUUUAUUCAACAGAGAGGGUUGGGUUUAGAGCGCUUCUAUCUAGCAUAGUAGUCUCAAACUUCUCUUUGGUUGAAGCGACCUGAUUGCUUCAGAUUCGAGUCCGUGUGCACAUCAUUGUCAUAUCAGUGCAAAGUCUGUCCCUAGCGAACCAGAUGCAAAUGUGGUCAAAAUCUACCAUCUGCUCUUUUUAGGAGCAUCACGAACACAACUUACAAAUUUUAGUUCUCAUGAAGGCUCAAGAAAUAAUGGAUUAUCUCUCGUUGGCCACUUAA